UCUGCAAAAUAAAGAACGACAAGGGGGGUAAUGGACAAAAAGGAAACUCCAAAUCGUCGUCGUUGGAAGCUGAGAAGGAAGAAAGGCUUCGUCUUUGCUUCGGCUCGCACCCUUCGCCUUCGGUAUUGCCCUCCCCACUCCUCCUCCCACCACGCGACCACUCGCACUCCACCUUCGCCCUCGCCGUCGGGCGGCCAUAUGAAGAUAAAUAUUCUGGAAACAAUGUGCACAUGGAAAGAGAAGGAAGCAUGCUCAGCUCGAUCAGUUGGAACAAUGAAUGUGGAACCAUUGGAUUCGCAUCAAGUUAUAAUGCAGAGAGAUAGAAGCAAUCAUCUGUCCUCCCAAUAUUCUCCUUUUGUCUCAACUCCAUACUCACCGGCUUCUGGACUUUCUUCUCAUUCAAUUCUCUCACACGAGAGGCACGAUGACAGUGGUUCAUUUGUUGGUGAAGCACCGACAAGACAAUCUCUGCCUCCAGUCUAUUCCCCCUGUAUCAGAACUUUUCAAGUCCCUUCUAGUAGUUGCUUCAAAGAUCCUACUAUGUGGUGUUCUGAUCCAAUUCAGAGCAUUCUAAAUUUUUCAGAUGAUGCAGCUACCAGGAACAAUCAGUCUUGCAGCAGUUCGAUUGUGAUGUUGGAUGAUGACCUUAAUAAGAACGAUGAAUGGUGGAAUAAUGUCUUGAAUGAAGAAUGGAAGGAGCUUCUUGGCGAGACAGAUGCCACAGAUACUCAGUCAAAGGUUGUUUAUCCUGAUACUCCACCCCCCUUCAGCAUAUCGAUUCAAAAUUCUCAAACCCAUCAAUCUGUUCCAUGCCAUUGCGGUGACAAUCCUGCUGUCACAAGUUCAUUGUCGGUUCCCACUACUGCAGCAGUAAAGCCAAGGAUGAGGUGGACACCAGAGCUCCAUGAACGUUUUGUAGAAGCUGUAAACCAGCUUAGUAGUAGUGAAAAAGUUACUCCGAAAGGGGUAUGGAACAUCAUGAAAGUGGAGGGCUUGACGAUACAGCAUGUGAAAAGUCAUCUACAGAAAUUCAGAACAGCUGAAUAUAAGCCAGACUCUUCAGGGUAUUCUCUUGGUGCAUCAGAAGCGAACGAUAAAGCGACCAACGAAACUGAGGAACUACCUUCUCUAGAUCUGAAAAAAGGCAUCGAUUUCACCGAAGCAUUGAGACUUCAAAUGGAAGUUCAGAAACGGCUUCAUGAACAACUCGAGACCCAGAGACAGCUGCAGCUGCAGAUCGAAGAGCAAGGCAGGUACCUGCAAAUGAUAAUUGAGAAGCAAUGCAAGUCCAACCCGGGCAAGUUCCAUCCUUCUCCUGCCAUGGAAGAUUCAACUGUCGAUCCAACAAUUUCACCUGUCGACGAUAUGCAGGCAGCAGCAACGGCAACUACUUGCAGCAGCUCAAAUGUGACUGAGGGUAGGCUAGUCGGUGACAAAUGGAAGAUGGUCGAAUCUGAUUCUUAUUGCCAUGAGGUGGCUGCUACUUCUUCAGCACCCAAACAUGCCAAAAUCGACCACGAGAGCGGAUGCAUUAGGGCGAGACCCAUACGAUAACACCAAAAUCAUGCUCGAGUGUUUGAUGUCUUAUGUAGAGGCAUAUAUGAUUUGCCUCGCCCGUUGAAAGAAUACUUCUCUUAUGAAUUCUCAUGGUUGUAAAAAUAAAUUUAGAAUAUCAAUUUUAACAGAAGUGUUCUUCUCGUUAUCUUUCUUAUAGAUUGAUUUAUAUAAAUCCAUAUUUUUAUAUUA